UUAAGCUGGCAAAGGUCACAGCGAGAGAUUUUUAUUCACCUUUGAUGAGAUGGCUUGCUUGUGGUUGCUCGUGGGUCUGUUCCUCCUUGGUUCAGCUGAAGCUGGGAAACUGUUAGUUAUUCCAUCAGAUGGCAGUCACUGGUUAGGAAUGAAGCCUGUUGUGGAGGAACUGGGGAGAAGAGGAAACCAGGUGGUGGUUGUCAUACCAGAAGCAAGUCUGAGUAUGGGUCCUUCAGAGAAAACCACCACCCUGACAUAUCCAGUGAACUACACAAAGGCUGAACUACAUAUGGUAUUAGAGGGCAACUUAACUGAGAUUUUGAGUACUGACUUUUCCACUGAAGUUUCCAAGUUUUUUGUUUUCUUCCUUCAACUGAAAGUUCUUCAAAAUUUCAUCGUGAGGAACGCUGAAGGUCUGCUCUUUAACGAGGACUUGAUGAAGAAGCUUCAAGACUGCAGAUUUGAUGCAAUUCUCACUGAUCCGUUUGAGCCUGUUGGGGUUAUUGCUAGUGAAUAUCUCUCUAUUCCAGCUAUUUAUAUGCAAGUAAACCUUCCUUGUGGUGUUGAUAGUCUUGCAAGCCAAUGCCCAAGUCCACCCUCUUAUGUUCCACAACGUAAUACCCACUUUACCGACCAGAUGAAUAUUUGGCAGAGGUGUAUCAACCUGGUAAGGACUCUUCUUCAGCACAUGGCUUGUAGAUACAUGUAUGCUGAAGCAGAUGAGAUAGCCUCACGUUUCCUGCAGAGAAGAGCAUCUAUAGUGGAGAUCAUGAACCGUGCAACUCUUUGGCUAAUGCGUUUUGACUUUGCCUUUGAAUUUCCAAGACCAUUGAUGCCUAACAUGGUCAUGAUUGGAGGAAUGGCCACCAAGAAGCCAAAACCACUGUCAAAAGAACUGGAGGAGUUUGUGAACGGCUCUGGAGAGCACGGGUUUGUUGUCUUCACUCUGGGCUCCAUGGUGUCACAGCUACCCGAAGCCAAAGCCAGAGAGUUCUUUGAGGCAUUUAGACAGAUACCUCAGAGAGUGUUGUGGAGAUACACUGGACCAGUCCCAGAAAAUGCACCAAAGAAUGUCAAAUUAAUGAAAUGGCUGCCACAGAAUGACCUCUUGGGCCAUCCUAAGGUUAGGGCUUUUGUUACACAUGGUGGAUCACAUGGAAUCUAUGAAGGAAUCUGUAAUGGAGUGCCUAUGGUGAUGCUUCCUCUGUUUGGAGACCAAGGGGAUAAUGCUCAGCGUUUGGUGUCUCGAGGAGUCGCAGAAAGCCUGACUAUCUAUGAUGUGACCUCCGAAAAACUGCUGGUUGCAUUGAAGAAAGUCAUCAAUGAUAAAAGCUACAAGGAGAAGAUGAUGAAGCUCUCUGCCAUUCAUAGAGACCGUCCAAUUGAACCACUGGACCUGGCUGUGUUCUGGACUGAGUUUGUCAUGAGACACAAAGGAGCAGAGCAUCUCAGACCUGCAGCCCAUGACCUGAACUGGAUUCAGUAUCACUCUCUGGACGUCAUCGGCUUCCUUCUUCUUAUUCUAUUGACUGUUAUUUUUGUGACUGUCAAAAGCUGCAUGUUCUGUUUCAGAAAGUGCUUCAAGAAAUCUCAGAAGAAGAAGAAGGCAUAAAAACAUGACAAAAUGUGAUAGUUUUGUGCCUUUUUUGUGGGGUGAUCAUGCAGGGAACAGUUUAAUUAUUUAAUUAAUAUUGUGUUUAGGCUCUAUACGACCCCAGACCCUCUUCAAGUGAAAAACAAAAAGUUGUUGUUUUUUCAGGACUUUUCUUAAUUACAUAAGAACUAUGAAAUUGAGACUUUAAAAUGUGCUUAUUACAUAAUUACAAUGUUUCUGUGUUUUUACUACUUUAAUGUCUUCAUGGCCUGGAUAAAUUACUUGAAUAAAGCCUCACAAAAUUA